UUUAAUGUCUGUCAAAAUUUAAGAACCAGCAAAUACGUAUUUUGUUUUUUAAGUUCUGUAACACUUCAUUAUUUUCUAUUUUCAAUACUACCACGAGUACCAAAUUCGAAAGACUUGCAAUGUUUCGUGUUGGUAAAUUCAAUGCACAGGUUGUUCGGCGAAUAGCGACACAGAAGCGCUUCAUGUCCUUGGCCAAGCGAUUAAUAAAUUCCCAUCAGACGCUGCAGUCAAAUACAAACACUCAUCAGGGGCGCUUGGCCGGCAACCAGUCGGCCACACAUCAAAUAUCCUACGGCGGCAAGCCGGCAAAGAAAACACAUGGCAGUGAUCAUGAGAAUGCCCACAAGAUGCGCUGGCCGCGCAAGGUGUUCAGCGGCAUACAGCCCACCGGCUCAAUGCAUCUGGGUAAUUAUUUGGGCGCAGUGCGUAAGUGGAUUGAAUUGCAAACAGCCCGGGAUGAUGUGACUUUGUGUAUUGUGGACAUGCAUUCAAUAACCAUGCCACACAAUCCGCCUGUGUUGCGAGAAAACAUCUUCACCAUGGCUGCAACGCUGUUAGCCUGCGGCGUUGAUCCCUCCCAAAGCACGCUCUUUGUGCAGUCCGCCGUAAUGGAGCAUAGUGAAUUCAAUUGGAUACUCAGCUCACUGUGCACCAUGCCCAGGCUGGCACAAUUGCCGCAAUUUAAGGAAAAAUCUCGCACGCUGCGUGAUGUUCCGCUUGGACUCUAUGUAUAUCCAGUACUGCAGGCAGCUGACAUUAUGCUUUACAAAUCUACUCAUGUGCCUGUUGGCGUUGAUCAACUGCAGCAUAUUCAGCUGGCGCAGCAUUUAGCGCGUACUUUUAACACACGCUACGGUGAAAUGUUUCCAGUCUGCAAUCCUAUGAUUGAAGAGAACGAAGCCUCUAGGAUCUUGUCGCUACGUGAUACUUCGAAAAAGAUGUCCAAGUCUGAUUUGAAUCCCAAGGGCACUAUCAAUCUGUGCGAUAAUCCGGAUCAAAUUGCUGAGAAGAUCAAGAAGGCACUCACGGACUUUACAUCGGACAUUUCGUUCAGUCCAAGCAUGCGACCCGGAGUUAGCAAUCUGGUCAAUAUACACGCCCAAGUUACGGGCCAAACCAUUAAACAGGUGGUGAGUGAGGCAAACACUUUGGAUACUGCGAAGUAUAAGGAACGCGUGUCGGAGGCAGUCAUUGAGCAUCUGCGCCCCAUCCGCGAAAAGAUUCAACAGCACUUGGCCAAUCGUAACGAACUUAUUUAUAUGCUGGAGAUGGGCGCGGACAAGGCACGCCAAACUGCCCAGCAAACUAUGAGCGAGGUGCGGCAGCGCCUGGGUCUUGGUACCAACGUCAAUAUGCCAGCGUGUGUACAUUUGCCACCACCGUUGCCUGAACACAACAGGCUAACGGCCGCUCAGCGUCUUUCCAAAGGCGUACUAAUGCCCGAUGUAAAUGCCCACACACAACCGCAUUUUGAUCAACGCACUGAACCGGGCAACGCUGCAUUAGCCGUUGGUGGCAACGCCGGGGAGUCUACUACCAGCGAAAUGUCCCAGCCCCGUCUCUUGCGUCGACCUGUUGUCCCCUUGCAGACGAUGCGUGUAGAGAAGUUCCGCAACAAAGGACCACCGCGGCAUGUAUUCAAGAUGGAUAGCUACAAUACGCCUAAUAUUGGAUUCCGGGCUCCAACCACGUCCAGUGGAAAAAUGGAUUUCCGUGAUCGUCACUCAACGGCCUCGGCAGCUAACUUUGGGUUUAGCAUUGCGCCCGAUGCUAGCAUGGUGAACAGCAUUUCGGGUUUCAAGUACAGCCAGCAUUCGAGUCCCAGCGCGGUAGCAUCCAUUACUAGUCAGGUAAAUGCGGCUACCAAACAGCAGGAACUGGUGAGCAGCUUGGCCAACAGUGCGUACUAUAAAGCAGCAGCCACUGCUUUCAACAAUACGAAUCCUAAUGUGAUCAAUAUGGCGGCUGGUGCAGUCUCUGCAAGUAAUCGUAGCAAUUCAACAACAAGUGGCAAUACUGCGUCGCCGGCUAUAGAAGAGGAGGAAGCUGUUGUAGAAGAGCAAGAAGAUGAAGAAGAAUUGAAUGCUGCGGCUCCGUCAGAGUCAACAAAAGUUGAAAAUUAAAUGUUAGUUGUAGACAGUACAUAUAUAUAUUUAUUAAAUCGUCUGUAAAUAUAUUGUUAAAGUU